CAGCGAGCGCAUGUGCGUCGGGCCGCGGGCCGGGGACAGCAGUUGAGCCGAGGGCGGAUCGUGCGCCGAUCUGGAAGGCCGUCGGUGCCCCUUUUCAUGAACAGGAUGGGCCACCGCCUGCCCCUGCCAGCAGCCCAGCCACCCUCCUCUUCGCGAGGCCCACCAUGUCCAAGGCAGCCGCCCUCCGGCGCGCCCUCUUCUCUCGCAGGUCCCUCGCCGUCGUCUCCGGCGGCACCCUCGUCGCAGCCGGCGGGGGCUACUGGUACCUCAACUCUGGUCCCACCUACCCGCCCUCCACGAAGGAGACACGACGUCCCCCGCCCCCAUGGACGCCCCCCUCCAGGCAACACAUGCUCGACGCCCUCCAGGCGUCCGACGUCAAGCAGGGGGACGACUACCCCGAGGAGUUUGACCUCCUCAUCGUCGGAGGCGGUGCGACAGGAGCCGGUGUCGCAGUCGAUGCUGCCAGCAGAGGUCUGAAGGUCGCACUCGUAGAGAGAGACGACUUUAGCUCUGUAACGGACAAGACUCCCUGAGGCCUGACUUGAUUCGGACAAAGUUUAGACGUCUCCGUCUCCGUCCUGACAAAAACGCCAAAUCUCUGGCGCAAUACCAGGCAUCCCCACCAUAAAUGGGGGUUCUACAUACUCGCAGUCCGACUUCUGUCCAGUCUAGCCGUGCUAAUCUCCACUUCCGCGU